CUCAAGAUUCCAAUUGGUGCACUUCUUAUCUGCCACGCGGCAUCCAAGGCUGGGACCCAAGUGCAACUGCUACUGCUCUUAUAAAAUUGCAUAUUCCUUUGGCCCCUGUUUUUCGUCAUCUCAAGGCAGAGUCCCACUCACUCUGCGACUCUGCCCAACUUUGGAGAGCUGCGCACAGUUUCCCCACCAGAACCGAAAGAUGGACUACAUGUAUGGACCUGGAAGGAACCAUCUCUUUGUUCCGGGGCCAGUCAAUAUCCCGGAGCAGGUCAUCCGUGCAAUGAACAGGAACAAUGAGGAUUAUCGCUCUCCUGCCAUCCCGGCAUUGACAAAAACCUUAAUUGAGGAUGUCAAGAAGAUUUUCAAGAGUACUUCUGGAACCCCAUUUAUAAUUCCAACCACAGGUACUGGUGCGUGGGAAAGUGCACUUACAAACACCUUGUCUCCUGGAGACCGGAUUGUGUCUUUCCUAAUUGGCCAAUUCAGUUUGUUGUGGAUCGAUCAACAGCAACGCCUCAACUUUAACGUUGAUGUGAUUGAAAGCGAUUGGGGUCAAGGUGCCAAUCUUGAUGUUUUGGCCUCAAAGCUGGCGGCAGAUACCGCACAUACUAUCAAGGCUGUUUGCAUUGUUCACAAUGAAACAGCUACUGGAGUUACCAACAACUUGGCUACUGUAAGAAAAAUACUUGAUCACUAUCAACAUCCGGCUCUCUUUCUCGUUGACGGAGUUUCCUCCAUUUGUGCGCUUGAUUUUCGGAUGGAUGAAUGGGGUAUAGAUGUGGCUUUGACUGGCUCUCAGAAAGCUCUUUCUAUGCCCACUGGAAUGGGGAUUGUGUGUGCGAGCCCCAAAGCUCUUGAGGCCUCCCAGACUGCUAAGUCAGUUAGGGUUUUCUUUGACUGGAAAGAUUACUUGAAGUUCUAUAAGAUGGGAACAUAUUGGCCAUACACUCCUUCAAUCCAAUUGUUGUAUGGACUUAGAGCAGCACUGGAUCUCCUCUUUGAGGAAGGGCUUGACAAUGUGAUUGCAAGGCACAGCCGCCUGGGUAAAGCAACAAGGCUUGCAGUGGAGGCAUGGGGAUUGAAGAAUUGCACUCAGAAGGAGGAAUGGUACAGUGACACGGUCACUGCAGUGCUUGUUCCUCCAUACAUUGAUAGUUCAGAAAUUGUUAGAAGGGGAUGGAAAAGGUACAAUUUGAGCUUAGGCCUUGGCCUAAAUAAAGUUGCUGGGAAGGUUUUCAGAAUAGGGCAUCUUGGCAAUGUAAAUGAGUUGCAAUUGCUGGGGUGCCUCGCUGGAGUGGAAAUGAUACUUAAGGAUGUCGGAUACCCAGUGAAGCUUGGCAGCGGAGUGGCAGCAGCUUGCGCUUUCCUACAAAACACCACCCCCCUGAUUGCUUCCAGGAUUUGAUCCCACCAUCUUCUGCAUAUUCAUGCAACUACUUUUCCUUCUUCUGGUCAUUUUGCUUCGAGCAAACUCUGUAAAAAUUACAUACUUUGCAUCUCCGUUGUUCCUCUGCUGGCACUCUUUUGAGGCUUUCUGGAUGCUACUUCAAUUUAUAUAUGUUGCUUCCUGCUA